UUAGGAGCACAAAAAUUUGCUUUUAUCAUUCAAAAACCCGAAUUGAUCUUCGCUUUUAAGUUUUCAACUACGACUGGUAAGUACUUUGAGCGAAAGCAGACACAGUAGCAAUCAAAAAAGCAACCCAACAAAUUGGUGAAGGAUCGCAGGAUGAUAGGAGUUGGAAAGAUGAAGCAGUACACAAAUGUCCUCGACAGGCCCCUCAGUAAAGGCAAACAAGAGGUGAGUUUGAGUGCAUUUGCAUUCUUGUUCUCAGAGCUGGUUCAGUACAAUCAGACUCAAGUUGACAACAUUGCUGAACUCGAAAGAAGGCUCGAAGAUGCAGGAUAUGCUGUUGGAGCAAGGGUUUUGGAACUUCUUUGCCACAGAGAAAAGGGAAACAGAAGAGAGACACGACUCCUGGGUAUCUUAUCUUUUGUACACAGCACAGUAUGGAAGGUGUUGUUUGGAAAGGUAGCUGACUCUCUUGAGAAAGGUACUGAACAUGAAGAUGAAUACAUGAUUAGCGAGAAGGAACUUUUGGUCAACAGAUUUAUAUCAAUUCCCAAAGAUAUGGGUACUUUUAAUUGCGGAGCUUUUGUUGCUGGAAUUGUAAGGGGAGUUUUGGAUAAUGCAGGUUUCCCUGCUGUGGUAACAGCUCAUUUUGUUCCUGUUGAAGGACAGCAGCGACCUCGAACAACCAUCUUGAUAAAAUUUGCUGAGGAGGUACUACGAAGAGAGGCAAGAUUGGGCUGAUACUUACUUUUCAAUGUUCAUUAAUCAAUAAGAAGUUGCAGAUCGUGAAAGU